AUGGGAAAACGGAUCGGGAUUUGUGCAUGGUUGAGUGUUAUGAUCUUCUUGGCAAUUCCGGCUUCGCAAACUUGGGCGUUUACCGAUGUACAAGACGUCAUAGCUCUUCAGGAUCUAUAUUGGAACCUAAAUUUUCCACCCUUAAAGGGGUGGAGAAUGGAGAGUGGAGAUCCUUGUGAGGAAUCAUGGAUGGGAGUGUCAUGUUUUGGCUCAUCUGUUAUAUACCUUAGACUUCGUGGAUUGAACCUGACCGGAAAUCUCGGACACCACCUCUCAAAUCUCCAUAACUUGAAGCAGAUGGACCUUAGCUUCAACAACAUUUGGGGUCCAAUUCCAGAUGGAUUACCCCCCAAUGCCACUCAUAUAAACUUGGCGUGCAAUAACUUGACUCAUAGUAUUCCCGACUCUUUGUCUAACAUGAAACAUCUCCGACAUUUGAACUUAAGCCACAAUUCUUUAUCGGGAUAUAUUGGCAAUCUGUUUACUGGCAUGGGGAAUCUUAGAGAGAUGGACUUGUCCUAUAACAAUUUUGCUGGAGAUUUACCGAGUUCGUUUGGAUCCCUGAAAAAUCUUACUGGAUUAUAUUUGCAGAAUAACAAUUUCACUGGAUCAGUCACAUAUCUAUCUGAGCUUCCACUAAUUGACUUGAACAUCCAGAACAAUUAUUUCAGUGGCAUCAUUCCUAAACAUUUUCAGUCCAUUCCAAACCUAUGGAUUGGAGGGAACAAGUUUCAUGCAGGUAAUUCGCCACCCUGGGAUUUCCCUCUAGAAACAGUGCCCAUUGAACAGAAUAUCAGAAGCCCCCCAAGAACACAGUCAAGUGCGAUUGAGAGCAAUCCUGUUAUUGAAAGAUAUGACUCCAAGAAGAAAAAAAUGGGUCCUGGAGGAAUAGCUUUUACAGUUGGUGGAGGAACUCUACUGGUUUCAUGUGUUGCAAUCUAUAUUUCCGUUCGUCUCCAUCACUACCGCACACGAAAGCUUCAAAACUUGGGUUGCAACAACAUCCCAAUGCAGUCUCUUCCAAUCAGUACAGCCAGAGGUAGUUCUCCUACCACAACAGAACGAAGCCCGAAAGUCUUGACUUUCAGGUCACCCAUUCUCGGUCCAAAGAGGAUGCCUCCCAUUUACCAUAGCAGAGUUGAGAAGACGUCCAGAAGAACAAGUUUCGCCAGGAAGUACGGGUUCCCAAUGAAAGCAAAAGUCUACACUAUAGCAGAUCUUCAAUCUGCUACAAGCAGCUUUAGUGAACCAAAUCUUAUUGGUGAAGGAUCUCUAGGCUCCGUUUACAAAGCUGAGUUUCCAGAUGGCCAAGUUUUGGCAGUGAAGAACAUCAACACCGUUACGCUGUCUUUCAAAGAGGAAGAGCAGUUUUUGGACGUUGUUUGGACUGUUUCACGUUUGAAGCACCCAAAUAUUGUACAGCUUAUUGGCUAUUGUGUAGAGCAUGGACAACAUCUCCUGGUAUACGAGUAUGUCAGAAGUUUGUCUCUUGAUGUCGCUUUGCACAGCAGCGAAUACAAGUCUCUGUCCUGGGGCCUCCGGCUCCAGAUAGCACUUGGUGUUGCUCAGGCUUUGGACUAUUUGCACUCCACGUUCUCGCCUCCUCUUGCUCACUGCAACCUGAAAGCUGCUAAUAUCUUACUUGAUGAAGAACUCAGGCCUCGUGUAUGCGACUGUGGGCUUGCUAUUUUGAAGCCACUUACUAGCAAUACAGUCAAAAUCAAGGCAUCCGAAAUCGCUAUUGGAGACACAGGCUACAUCGCGCCAGAACAUGGUCAAUCGGGAGUUGAUAAUCGAAAGAGCGACAUCUACGCCUUUGGAGUGUUGCUUUUGGAGCUAUUAACAGGAAGAAAACCUUUCGACAAUUUAAGAGCAAGGGAAGAGCAAUGUCUGGUUAAAUGGGCUUCAUCUCGGCUUCACGACAGCGAGAGUUUGGAACAGAUGGUCGAUCCAGGCAUUAGAAGGACAUUUUCUGUCAGGAUUCUCUCCCGUUUCACUGACAUUAUUUCCCUCUGCAUACAGCCUGUGAAGGAGUUCAGACCACCAAUGUCUGAAGUUGUGGAAUCAAUUAAAUGUUUAAUACAAAAGCUAAAUAUGGAGAGAGGCAAUGGAGCAGAUGUUGCUGAGUUUGAUGAGAAGUCUUUCCUUUCGACCAACACCCGCUUUGUCGGCUCGCCUGCACCGAGCAAUUUUUCAGUUGAUGAAGCCGCUAACUGACAGCUACAUAACCUGGAAAUCUAAUACUACAGUCUUGACUGCGAAGGUGCUCUCUAUAAUCAGCAAAAGUGACCUUUUUGACUUGGUUUGUAGCUUAGUUUUCCCAGUAGAUCAAGAAACAUCGUUUUGCCAGCUUAACUAUCUUACUUGCUUAGUAAGAUUGCCAAGGAGACGGUUUGUGUACAAAU